CACAUUCAUCCGCUGCCAACGGGAGCCGCCGGGCGCUCGCAGGCUCCGCGCGCUCUGCCCGCGGGAGGACCCUGCCGCCCCGCACCGCCGCCGAGCCCCGCGCAGCUGCCUCGUUGCCUCCUGGAGCCAUGGCAGGGCUCAGUCACCCCGCUACCUUCGGCCGGGCCACUCACGCCGUGGUGCGGGCGCUGCCGGAGUCCCUCGGCCAGCAUGCUCUGAGGAGCGCCAAAGGCGAGGAGGUGGAUUUCGCCCGCGCGGAGCGGCAGCACCAGCUCUACGUGGGCGUGCUGGGCAGCAAGCUGGGGCUGCAGGUGGUGGAACUGCCGGCAGACGAAAGCCUCCCGGACUGCGUGUUCGUGGAAGACGUGGCCGUGGUGUGCGAGGAGACGGCCCUCAUCACCCGACCCGGGGCGCCGAGCCGGAGGAAAGAGGUUGACAUGAUGAAAGAAGCAUUAGAAAAACUUCAGCUGAAUAUAGUAGAGAUGAAAGAUGAAAAUGCAACUUUAGAUGGUGGAGAUGUCCUAUUCACAGGCAGAGAAUUUUUUGUGGGUCUUUCCAAAAGGACAAAUCAACGAGGUGCUGAAAUCUUGGCUGAUACUUUUAAGGACUAUGCAGUCUCCAUGGUGCCAGUGACCAAUACUUUGCAUCUGAAGAGUUUCUGCAGCAUGGCUGGGCCUAACCUGAUUGCAAUUGGGUCCAGCGAAUCUGCGCAGAAAGCUCUGAAGAUUAUGCAACAGAUGAGCGACCACCGCUAUGACAAACUCACUGUACCUGAUGACAUGGCUGCAAACUGUAUAUAUCUAAAUAUCCCCGGCAAAGGGCAUGUCUUGCUGCACCGAACUCCAGAAGAGUAUCCAGAAAGUGCAAAGAUUUAUGAAAAACUGAAGGACCAUAUGCUGAUCCCCGUGAGCCACUCUGAACUGGAAAAGGUGGAUGGGCUGCUCACUUGCUGCUCAAUUUUAAUUAACAAAAAGGUAGACUCGUGAGUUGCAGAGUCCCCCCUUGUAGCCAGCAGUACUGCGCACACAAGGCCGGCGCCUCUGCACACACUUCUGUUGUUUUCAUUGACAAUCUUCUGUGCCACUGUGCUACUAACUCUUGUUUACAAAUAUUUAAUUUUAAAUGUAAUUGUUCCAUUCUGUACCCUACUCUCUCACAGUGGUACCUAAGCUGUGGAUUUGCUAAAUGAUUUAAGCAAUCUAGAAAAUAUAGAGCUAAUGAACUACUGAAAUGUGAGUAACAAUAGUAAGGAAACACUCAUUACUGUUUGUAUUCCUAGUGUGAAGAUUGCUUAGUUGCCAAUAUAUUGGCAAGAAUAACUUCUAGAUCAGUCAGAUAAGCUUUUUAUUUUCUUCUGUGUCAUUAAUCAUCUU